CAACGCUUCCAUCAUGCAUGCCAUCCGACCCCACUUCUUUAUGCUCUGCUAAUUGUUGUUUCCUUCCUGUCCGAUUUAGUUGAAGUUAUUUGUUUCAUUCAGUUUGUCUAGAUUCGUUUAGGAGCAUUUGCGGUGACUAAUGACAAAAUGAGCCCAGUGAAUUGGCGGCAAUAAGUGAGAAAAUAAGAUGUGACACAUUAGUGCAGUACUGUGCUGUUGUCUUAGUGGAAGCUAUGGGGGUUUUUUCGCUCGUUGGUAGCAAGGUGCUUUUGGCUUUGUGCAACUUUUUACUUUUGACAUGUGGCUUUAUCCUUGCUAUCGGUGGAAUUAUGGUCCUGUUCGACUCGGACCGUGUGCUCUUGUCUAAGCUACUGUCGGCGGGACCUUUUUCAACCCUCACUCAUCCACUUCUCUAUUACGUAUCAAUAGGACUUGCAAUCCUUGGUUUAAUAUUAGCAUCAGCUGGAGUACUUGGUUGCUGGGCAUCUUGUAUGAACAAUUAUUGUUUGUUAACAUCAUACUUCUUCAUUGUGAUAGUGGUGCUAGUAGCGGAAUGCGUGGUUUAUGCGACAGCAUGGGCUUGGCCAAGUUGUCUGGGUCUGGGCCUGGAUCCUGAAAUCACCACGAAAUCUCUGCAAAGGAAUUACGGUGUCACUGGACAAGAACAAUUUACUGCCGCCGUUGACCUAGCCCAAACUAUGUUCCAUUGUUGCGGCAUGGAAACCGCCGACGAAUACGACACGUCACUUUGGAGAUUGCAAGCUCUGGGACCAUCUCUGUCAAUUCCCCUAACCUGCUGCAAGUUAGAAAAUCUAAACCAAUCCAAAGCGUAUUUGAACCCUACACCCAUAAAUAUAACGUUGUGCCAAGCCCUUGAAAGAAACCGUCACGAAGGUUUUAGACAUUUGGACGGAUGCAAGGAACCCUUAGAACAAUGGUACAGGGAACAGUAUGUUUUUUUCUUGGCAGGAGGGCUCGUGGUGGUGCUUGUUGAAUUCGUGGUGCUAUUGAGUACGAUUUUAAUGUGCACUCGAAUCUACCACCACAACGAGGAGACGAAGGAAAACGCGAAAAACACGGAAAUCGAACCUAAAUCGGAAUCGAGAAAUAGAUCUUCUCUGGGGGCGUACAGUAACGAGACAUACGCGAUGACCAAUAGUUUUCGACGGAACUAUAAAUUGGCCGACAGGGCAUGAUGGUGGAUGUGCGGCAAAUUUAAGCCAACCUAUGUGUAUCGAGUCGAGUGUGAUUCUAGUAGUAUGUUGUGGUGAAGGCGAUUUUGUAAAUCGCUUAAUUAAUUGUAGUUUCAUUAACAUGACCAUUAUUGUAAGUUGCAGAGUUAAAUUUUAUUGGAAACAUUUUAUAUACGACUAUAACGAUUAUUGCUUAAAGCGUUAAAGUUACCAAAUUAUUUAGUUUUAUUUUAAUAAAUAAACGCAAAUGAUAUAUUUUAUUUAUUUAAAAAAAUUAUCAUAAGAAAGUUUGGAAAAAUUUAUGAAUUUUUUUUGUAGGAAAGCACUGCGCAUGCGUCGCCGGUUUAUACUAGUUUCUAAUUAUUCUUCGAACAAGGUUUAUAACUGCUCAAAUUACAAUCUGCAUACAAAUAUUUACACAAUAAUACCAAUAUAAGAAGAAACCAUUACUUCAUGUUAUAAAAUAGCCAUCUCAUUGCGCCAGUAAUAUACAUAUAUCUCAUUUACAAUUUUGUAGCCCAUUUUAAUAUUAUAAUUUAAAUAAAAUAUAAGAAUGAAA